UAGAUGAACUACAUACGUCAUUAGUCAGCAGCACCACCAGUUGUGAAAGGCUGAAAGGAGAAAUGGCUGCAAGGUUACUGCUUCGCUCUGCUCUUAGAGCAGCCACAACAUGCCGGGCUGCCCCGGUUCCUGCUCUUGCCCGUGGAAUGGCGGUGGGAGGAAUCCCCACUGAUGAAGAGCAAGCCACUGGCAUGGAAAAGAAAAUCAUGAAUGCGCUAAAGGAGGGAGCGGAUCCAUACAGCAUGCUGAAGCCCAAGGAGUAUGCUGGGUCAAAGUCGGACCCCCAUCUUGUGCCCUCCAUCACCACCAAAAGGAUUGUUGGUUGUGUCUGUGAGGAGGACAACACGGCUGUUGUGUGGUUUUGGCUCCACCAGGGGGAGGCGCAGCGCUGCCCCUCCUGCGGCUCGCACUACAAGCUGGUGCCCCACGAGCUGCCCCACUAAAUGACACCCGUUUAUUCUAAUCAACUGUCAUGUGUUUUCUCCUGCUUUGACAUGUACAUUACAUUCACUCUGAAAGAUUCCAGCAAUCGUAGAGCGAGAUGGAGAAGGAUCAGAGAAUUUUCGUCCAAAUGCAGCAGUGGUACAGUCCAGAUUUUUGGCUGUGACCAGUUUCCUGUUUGGUUCACUAAGUCACCUUUGUCUCAUCUCUUCUUUGUUUCGCUCUAGUCUUUACUUGAUAGUAACUUUCUAACCUCAAAAGUCUGCUUACUCAACCUAUCAUUUUCUGCGACUUCCCUUGGGUCAGUUCUUAUGGUAUGGGACUCAAUGUUAUUUUAUCAAACAAUUCCAUUAAACAGUUUACAGACAAACACAUGUACUGUAUAGUGUUGCGCGAUCCAAUUGCUCUUAUGACAACAAUAAAGUUUAACUCCUAAUGUC